AUGGAAUCUAAAAUCGAAUUAAUCUCCACGUUGGUUAUUCCAAUCUGUAUGGCAAUUGCUAUCACCAUUAUUGCCGUUGCUGUUUUCCUUUUCUUGAAACGUCGAAACACUGUGAUCACUCCAGUUCAACCAAUCGAUUUGCGAGCACCAGUCGAAUUAGGUAUUGAGAUGUCUCCAUUUUACGAUGGCGUGAUGCCAACAAAUCGCACUGUUUCAACAAUUGCUGCAUGA